AAAUAUAUGAAAUUAAAAGCGGAAGCAUAAAAUGAACCAAAGCAAAGACAGUCAAAAUUGUAAAACCAGGGAGGAGGUAGCAGAGCCAUCCUCAUUGAUUGAACGAGUUUGGCAAUAAGAAAACAAAAGUGGAAUUGUUUAUGUUUAUGGAUAAAUAUGCACACAUAUGAUAUUUAAUUAAUUAAUUAAUUAGCCGUCAUGUACGAUGAAAAAUGAUCCUCUACUUGUUUGUUCAACGUUCCAACGCACCUUUUAACUAACGUCAAUUGGGUAUUGCGUAUUGAGAACAAAACAUGGCGAUUUCUUGUGAAGCGUUCCCAACCCGAAAACGACGAGCCUCGGGAGGGUCGUUUAGCAACCUCCUGCACUCUCUGCUUCAAGUGACGGAUGAGAUAUGUUCCCUCACCAACACCGCCAACUUCCUCCUCAACCGCACUUCCUCCUCUACCAUCCGCAAAACGCAGCUCCUCGGCGUCGUUUUCGAGGACCUCAUUCGCCUUUCCAAUUCCAACUCCCUUUUGCUCCCCUACUCUCUCAUCCUCUGCCUCGAGGAAAUGUACAUCGUUCUCCACAAGAUCAAAACGCUAAUCGAAGAUUGCUCCAACGGAAGAAGCAAGUUCAAUCUGCUCGUGCAAAUCGAAACCGUCGCCGACACCUUCCACAGGCUCACCGGAGAACUCUCCACGCUACUCGAUGUUUUCCCUCUCCAAGAACUCCACCUAAACGACGACGUUCGGGAACUCGUUAUCCUCCUGCGGAAACACUGCUCUGAAUCCAUACCGUUCGUCCAAGCCGAACAGAUAAACCUCCGGAACGACGUCGUUUCCGUCCUCGACCGGAUCAAGCACGAGAUCGUUCCCGAUCAAGCGCAUCUCUCUUUGAUUUUCGACAAACUCGAGAUUCGCGACGCCUCCACCUGCAGAGCGGAGAUUGAGAGCCUCGAGGAGGAGAUUAUCAAUCGGAGCGAGGAGCAAUCCAAAACUGACCUCGUCGCGUUGAUCGGCCUCGUUCGUUUCGCCAAGUGCGUUCUCUUCGGCGCGUCAACGCCGUCGCCGAGAGCCGCCGUUAUGCGGCGGAACCAGUCGUCGGAGCUAGCGGUUCCGGCGGAUUACCGGUGUCCUAUAAGCCUAGAACUAAUGCGCGACCCCGUCGUCGUGGCCACCGGACAGACGUACGAUCGCGCAUCAAUCAAACUCUGGAUGGAUUCUGGACACAACACGUGUCCGAAAACAGGUCAAACGUUAUCUCACACCGACUUAAUCCCCAAUCGCGUGCUGCGGAACAUCAUAGCAACGUGGUGCCGCGAGCAGAGAAUCCCCAUCGAAGCGGAAGCAGUCAUAGGGAAACUCAACGGCGGUGUAACGAACAAGGCGGCGUUAGAAGCCACGCGAAUGACGGUGACGUUUUUAGUGAAUAAGCUCAAGGACAACAGCAACAAACCUUUUGUUGAAGACACAAACGGCGUCGUUUACGAGCUUCGGGUGUUGGCGAAAACAGACUCGGACAGCCGAGCCUGUAUUGCCGAAGCGGGAGCGAUUCCGCUUUUGGUUCGGUUCCUAAGCUUGGACGUGGGGGCGGAGAAUCCGAGCCUGCAGGUUAACGCCGUGACGACGAUUUUGAAUCUGUCUAUUCUGGAAGCGAAUAAGACGAGGAUAAUGGAGACUAACGGCGCGUUAAACGGCGUUGCGGAGGUUUUGCUUUCGGGUGCCACGUGGGAGGCGAAAGCAAAUGCGGCUGCGACGGUGUUUAGUUUAUCGGGUGUGGCGGCGUUUAGGAAGAGGCUUGGGAGGAAGACACGUGUCGUGAGUGGGUUGGUGGACUUGGCGCGGAGUGGGCCCGAGGGGGCCAAGCGCGACGCACUGGCGGCGAUACUGAACCUCGCGUCGGAUAGGGAGACGGUGGGGCGGUUGGUGGAGGGGCGUGUGGUGGAGAUGACGACGGAGGUCAUGGCGGUGAUGCCGGAGGAGGGGGUCACGAUUCUCGAGGCGGUGGUGAAGAGGGGAGGGCUGGUGGCGGUGGCGGCGGCGUACGCGGGGAUUAAGAGGCUGGGGGCGGUCUUGAGGGAGGGGUCGGAGAGGGCGAGGGAGAGCGCGGCGGCCACGCUGGUCACCAUGUGUCGGAAGGGGGGGUCGGAGAUUGUGGCGGAGCUGGCCGCGGUUCCCGGGGUGGAGAGGGUCAUUUGGGAGCUCAUGGCGGUGGGGAGUGUGAGGGGGCGGCGGAAGGCGGCAACGCUAUUGAGGAUUUUGCGGCGGUGGGCGGCGGGGCUGGAUGCCGGAGAGAGUGAGGGAUUCUCGACCAUUACCAUGGUAACUUCUACUUCGGUGGCACAGUAACACUUUCAUUUCACUGUCAUGUGAUUAGUUCCUAUCUGUAAAUGUAUCAGAAAUUGUUGUACUGCCAAUUUUUGUUUUUACAUUAAAUUGAUUUUGCCAUCUUGUAAAAUGUAAUUUAUUGAGCAGUUUCUUGUAUUAUAAAAGAAAUAUUUGGGCAUUCUUUCAUUCGUUUGUUUUUCCAAUUCAUGAAUGGUAAAUUUGAGUUACCAAAA